UCACUUCUGUUAUUACACACAUAAGAUUUGUCACUAUGCGAGCUUUGGCGUACGCACCAGACGCUUGGAAAUAUUUAAAUGGUAUUUUUUGUGUUUAUAAACCUCCAAAACUUAAUAUCGGACAUGUUUGGAAUUCUCUUCUUGUAAAUCUCUGUCGAGAUAUAAAUGCAAUGGAAAAACGAACUCCAAAAGACCUUGUUCUGUUAAAAGGAUCUAUAGCAACAGGACAACCAUUUUCUGUGGAAGUGUCAUCAAAUUUUGCUGACCAUGAGUUGGAAAUAAUUCCAAUAUUCCUUUUAUUAGAUAUAAAUGCAAUGGAAAAACGAACUCCAAAAGACCUUGUUCUGUUAAAAGGAUCUAUAGCAACAGGACAACCAUUUUCUGUGGAAGUGUCAUCAAAUUUUGCUGACCAUGAGUUAGUUGUAGGGCAACGAUAUCAAAGACAAGACAUCAGAUUGAAAGCUAUUGACACAUUAGGAGUUAACACUUCUGGAGUUAUGAAUAUCCAUUGUUUUAAUGAAACAGAAGAGUUUUUAGCAGAAUUAGUUCAUCAAAUAGGAAUAUAUCUGAAAAGUUCAGCAGUUUGCACAGGAUUGAGGAGAGUACAGUUUGGACAUUUUACAACAGAUAUAGCUCUGAUUAGAAAACACUGGACAUUAGAAAACAUUUUGAAUAAUAUUACAUUAUGUAAGAAAAUUUUUGAUAAAGAUGAAUUUGCUCCUUCUUCACCAAAAUUAGAAGCUAUUAAGCCAUCAAAAUUGAAUGAAGCUUUAGAAUACAUGCAAAAUGAAUCAAGAGAAGAUGUUUUAUAGAUAUUUGAUUAGGUGAAAUAAAUGUAUAUUUUCUGUCCAAUUUAAAAUUUGCAUUGAUAUUUUA